GUCUGCUCACCGCUUCAAAGACCGGCAGACAGCCGAGUUCGUCAGAUGCUUGCGUAACGCACGCUUUCCCUGUUCGGACGUGUAGUACCAGCGCUGCGCAGCAGUUUCAGUUAGCUGCUCGCGUAGGUCGGGAUCGUCCGUAGGUUCGUGCGGCAUCAACCGUUCGCGAUGGCCUACUGCAUGUGGAACGGCGCCGAAAAGUACCGAGACACGUUCGUGUCAGGCACUUAUGUCUGCUCCCAGUGUGGCUAUGAACUGUUCUCGAGCCGAACCAAGUUCUCCCACCGCUCCCCGUGGCCCGCAUUCACCGAGACGAUACACGAGGACAGCGUCACCAAGCGACCCGAGAUUGGCCGGCCCACUGCUCUCAAGGUGUACUGUGGAAAGUGCAAUCAAGGGCUCGGGCAUGAAUUCCUAGGAGAUGGGCCCAACGGCAAGUCGCGCUUCUGAAUCUUCUCGGAGUCGCUGCGGCUUGUCCCCAGCGACCAAGUGCCAGGUGCCAGUGCGACAAAUGCCGGGUGCACCCCAGACAGCAACCUGGACCAGAAGCCGAAGCGACUGGGCCUUCUGUAUCGCUGCAACCUGUCCUAAAUGUUACCCAAGCCAGUGUGUCUAGCAACUCGUGAUCGCUGUCUGCAGUUCGGCUGGCGGUCGACUGUCCGUGAAUGUAAUCCGCAAUGUGCCUGGCGCACUGUGUGGGGAUGUUCUGGGCUGGGAUAAUGUAACAAUUCUAUGCCAAUGUUAUUCGUUUUCGCCAAUGGUUUCAGUGGCACUCCGACAAUGUUAUCACCAGGAUCGGCUGGCCGUAAAUGGUGGUUGAUGGAAAAGGAUUGGAAUCAAAAAGGAAUCCUUACAUUUUACUGGCCUGCUUGCUGAACUUAUGACAUGCUUCGUUUGCAGCAAAAAUGAAAGAAAAUAGACGAAUCAGGGUGUUUAGCCGGGCUUUUCGGUAUGUAAUGCAUAGCCGCAACACUGCAAGCAGGGGAGGGAGAGAGGGUUGUAUCACGAUUUCCAUCCCCGUAGUGCGAUUAGUUGAUGCAGCAGAAGCAGUGGGACCUGUUUACAUUGCUGAAGAAAUACAAGCACGCAAAUGGUUCUGGCAUUUGCAGUGCUUACCGUUGCUGUCUGUCUGCAUAAACUUCCUUCUGCUGAAAUCUGCCUAAGUGGUCAUUUCAUAUUAGCACAAUUGUGGCUAUCUCGCACACUUUGUAACUUAAUAACAAGACAGCCGAGUAUAAAUAGUUUUAGGAAUGACUAUAUUACUUUCAAAUGAGCUGAAUAAUUCAAGCAGAAUAAUCAGUGCUAUGGGCAGCAUUGUAACUGCAGCGAGUUGUGACGCUGAUGUUGCAGAAGUUUUGACAGAAGUGUGGCUUCGGAGACUGCAGUCUGUUGUUCAAUCUUGUAGAACGUGUUGCAACCACUGACAUCCAGUGCUUUGGAACUUUGCCAUGCUUUGUCUCAUCGGCUUCUGCUGCUUCAGCGAAUCGUACAAUACAUGUCAGAGGUUGCCAGUGACUUUGCAGACCGCAGUUCCCCUGAUAGCCAGUGCUUUGACGCAUCUGCUACUGAUUUGGCUCAUCAGCUUCUGCUACAUGGGCCGAUCAUACCGUACUCGUCAGUGAUUGCCUACAUGGGGAUGGGAAUCAGAAUAUGGCCUCACGACGUGUGGUUUGAGAGGAGCGUACGCAUGUUUUUUUCUGCUCACAUUACCUGUCUGUUCUUGGCCUGUACGAUGCCAUCCAUCCCACUCUGCCCCCAUACAGAUGUCCCAAUGCCCCUAGAUAGCAGGCCUGUGAAUUAUGCUUUAUGACGUCAUGCUACUUAGACUGAAAUUUCCAUUGCCAAGCCCAGCGUGACAAAAGUGGUGACAUCAAAACCACUACGGCCUACUCGGGAGCAUCCCCAUUAGAUUCUAUAGCAGUCGAACAAGGUAGCAUGAUGUCACAGAUCGAAGUGCACCGGCCUUGUGUGAUCUGGGAGGCAUUGGAUGUCCGCACUGUGAUGAAUACGCCUCCUGGUACCACCACACAGUGUGCACAUAUGCCCAACCUUCAACCCAUUCCCAACCCUGUCUGCAACAAUCUUUGGCUUUGCAAGAAAAACUGUGCCGGAGCUAUUUAGUGCUUACUAGAACAGAGUGAUGACAGUUUCAGAGGAAAAGAAACCCAUCUGUUUCAAACAAGGAACCAUACAAAGGGAUGUUGAAAGCAAACAUUGGGUCAAUCUAGAGUGUUGCAUUGGCCAUUUAAAAACCUUGCGGUGCUUGCUACAUCGUUGCAGACAAUAGUGCAACUGAAGGGGCCGCCACAAUCUUUCUACAAUUCAAAUAGCCUGCAACAAACAGUCUCUUUAACCAAUGUUGUACCAGUGACGCAAAUUCUGUCGCAUGUUUGUUGCUGACAAAGGCUUUGUUCUGGUUGGAACACUUAGUGAUUGAUCACUUUGGCUUGACUUGAUGUCCUGACACCUUAGAAUGCUUUGUUGAUCAAAUUAGCUAGUUAACAUUUGGACAUCGCAUCUUGGAACACUGAAUCGAUAACUUUAGCUUGACCUAAAGUUUACCUCUAGUGACCCACCCAGAAAUUCAAAAUUCACUUUACAAGAGCAGUGGAGUGCAACUUUUUGAGAUUGCUCGAUUUAGACUCGGUGAAAUGCGUAAUUAUGUAGUUUCAACUGCAACCUCGCAAGUGUAUAUUGUGAAACAACAUGAUGUAAAGUGAUGUGAAGCCUGCCUGAAAAAAAAGAAGUCAGAGAAACUAAAUGUGCCUGUAGACUGUGUUCCAGGUCUUGGUGGAAGUUGCAGUAGCAUUCAAGUAACUAACGCCUGCUUGUUUCUCAUUCAAGAAAAGUGUUGAACGUAGCUGUAGGCCAAUUACCAUGAAUUGUUCUUGCUUGAGGGUUGAACAAGAUGCAACCACUGAUCUCCUCAAAGACUCUUUAGGAAAUCCCUUUGUUUUGUACGAGUAUAUUUUUAAAAGCAUUGUAUUUACACAUGUAUGUUCCCAUUUUGUCUUUCCCAGUGCUUCAGCGUUACACAAUCGCCACUUUCGCUAGAUUCUUGCGUUGUGUACCAACUACAGCACAAAUGACGUGGCGCCGGUAAAGCCUUCAAAAUGACAGGCGCGGUGCCGCUGACGCCUUUUACUCGGGAGCUGUUGGAUGUCCAGUGCAAGAUAUCUUUGUGAAUGCUGGCCUGUGCAAGUUUUGGAUAUGCUUUCGUUAUGUAGUGCACUAUGUCAGCCAACCUUGCCUUUUGGUGUUGGCGAUACAAAUAAAGUACCUGUUUGAACAGAUUGCA